AUGGCCGCUCCAAGACUAGAUUCGGAGGUAACGAUUCUCAAGACAAACGCAGCUGCCAAGAAGGGCCUCAGGACCACUGCAGACAAGACAGAGGUGAUCUGGCCAAAGCCACAAUUUGGGGCGUCAACGAAGGUGGACAAUGUCACGGACGCUGAGGAGGCCAAGGGCUUUGUGGUCCCGGCUGGAGCCAUGUUCACUCUAGGGGCGGCCAUCCCGGCCGGGACGGCCUUGACGCAUGGAAUGUACUUCCCACCGGGGACCAUGUUCCCCAGCGGAGUCCUCUGCCCCAUACAUCAGCGGAUGGUAUCGUGUCAGCCUAUCCAGAGUUUCAAGAUGCCCGCGCCAGCGGCUGAAGCUGUCUGCUGUAUCCAGUAG